UAGACAAACCCUAAAUUAGCUAAUGACGACAGAAUUAAUAUUUAUUUACCUAAAUGAUCCAACAUAUCAUUCAUUUAUUAUCUUUACAGACACUAAUGACCCCCGACCCCCGCAUAAGCAACUGAUAACUGAAACGAACUAGUCGCUUUUCUUUUACAAAUAAAAAAAUGACUUCAAAAACUUUAUGCAGAAUUUUAAAUUCUAAUUUAUUCGUAAACAACAGUUUAGUGCUUCGUCGAUACAGUGAAAGUGGUAAAGCUGUUAAAACACCAUUAUAUGACUUGCAUACGAAAUACGGUGGGAAGCUGGUGGACUUCGCCGGGUUCCUGCUACCGGUUCAAUAUUCCGACAUGAGUGUAUCAGCAUCGCAUUUGUUCACUAGGACCAGUGCAUCUAUAUUCGACGUAUCACACAUGCUUCAGACCAACGUCAGAGGAAAAGAUUGCAUUGCGUGGUUCGAGUCUAUUACACCCGUCGAUUUGAAAGGCAUGGCUAAUGGUACCAGCUCACUUACCGUUUUCCUGAACAAUAAAGGAGGGAUUAUAGAUGAUUUAAUUGUUACUAAGGUGAAUGAUGAAACUUUAUACAUCGUUUCGAAUGCUGGCCGACUGGAGGUCGAUAAGGAGCAUAUGAGUGAAGCUUCGGAGGUGUUUCGUAAGCGGGGGAAAGACGUGGAAAUCGAAUUCUGGAAUGUUAACCAGAGAGCUUUGAUAGCUGUCCAAGGGCCGAAAGCCGUUACAGCUGUACAGGCUCUCACUAAAAUUCCAUUAGACGACUUGACUUUUAUGACGUCAGUGGAAGGUUUCGUGGUCGGUGCAGAAUGCAGGAUUACCCGUUGCGGUUACACUGGCGAAGAUGGAGUAGAGAUAUCUAUACCAGCUUUGAAAGCCGACGUGGUGACCGAAGCUUUGUUACAGAAUAAAGAUGUGAAACUUGCCGGCUUGGGCGCAAGGGAUUCCCUACGUUUAGAAGCAGGAUUGUGUCUUUACGGCAACGAUAUUGAUGAGACAGUCACGCCCGUAGAGGCAAAUUUAACGUGGCUAGUGUCCAAAAGAAGGAGGAAUGAAGGUGACUUUCCUGGAGCAGAUAUAAUACUACGCCAGAUCAAAGAAGGUGUCAAUAGAAGAAGAGUAGGCAUAAGAAUGGAAACUGGUGCUCCAGCGAGGAAAGAUGCCGUACUCAAGAACACAAAUAAUUCCGAAAUAAUAGGCAAAGUGAGCAGUGGUUGUCCGAGCCCUUCAUUGGGUGGUAAUGUAGCCAUGGGUUACGUUAGUGAAACAUUCAAGAAGAUUGGUACCAAACUAUUAGUUAGCAUCAGAGGCAAAGACGUUCCUUGUACCGUAAGCAAAAUGCCAUUCGUUCCAGCUAAAUACUACAUAAAGAAAUAAAAUCCUUUUAGUACAAAAUUAUAAUAGUUUUAUUUAUAUUUGUUUGACAAACAUAAUAACUUUAGCAAUCGUUAUUAUUAACACUGGGAUUUCAAUUUAAAAACAUAAAUAUAUAAUAUUUCUUUUGCUAACCAAUACUAUGCUAUAUUAAGUAAACUAAUUGUCAGACUUACGAUAAAUUAUCUAACCAGUAUCUUUCCCGAAACAAAACAUUAAUCGAUACUUAAAAUAAUCAAACUUAAUUAUUCUAUAACAAUUUAUUUUGAGCAAUAAUAUUAUUUUAAUUACAUAUUUACAAUACAUAAUCGCAAAUACAAAUGUCAUUAUAAAGUUAUUUCAUAAUGGAAUCAGAAGGAAUGUAGUCAGGUAGGUGUAUAUAGAUAAUACAUUGUUUUGAACUUUUAUUAAUACUGUUAGUCUAUAAACUACUUAUGUACCACAUUAUCACAGUCGUAUUUAAGGUUUGAUCUAUGGAAUGAUCAUAGGAUAAUAUAUCAGUCAAGAUCAAUUAAUAUACUGAUCAAAGUAUGGGACAAAUUGCGAUAUCAACGUUUCUUUGCAGUCUUUAUCUAUAUAAUUGUGUUUCAAUGAUUAAAUAAUGUUACUACGGUAAA